AUGACAGGCCCGAUUAAGAAGGUCAUAAUAGUUGGUGCAGGCCCUUCAGGUCUCCUCCUCGCUCUCCGCCUUGCCCAAAAACAUAUCAAUGUCACAAUUUUCGAAGCCACACCUGGUCCUUCGAACCAACCCCGCGCAACCCAUUAUGGUAUCCCCGCAGUCUGGGAACUCCGCAGAGCCGGUGUCUUAGAUGAAUUGCGUCUGGACCCAGAAUGUUUUCAAUUUGAUGUCAUGUGCUGGCGUAAGCUCGAUGGUACCUAUUUGUCUGGAAUGGAUACCAGGGAUCUUAAUCGCCCAGGUCAACCAUACGAUGACCGUAUAACAGUCUUGACACUGAAUAAGGUCAUUAGCGUACUUGAGAAGAUGGUGGCAAGAUGUGAGACUGCUACUGUGAAGUAUGGGCAUAAGGUACUACCAGGUGUUGAGCAAGAUGAAGAAAAGGCUUGUGUGACUAUUGAGCGCAAUGAUGGUGUUGUUGAGAAGCAUUGGGCAGACUACGUGGUGGGAUGCGAUGGGGCGUCAAGUCAAAUCCGAAGGAGUUUGUUUGGGGAUAAAGAGUUCCCUGGCUAUACUUGGGAUCAUCAAAUCGUGGCUACAAAUACAUACUACGACUUUCACAAAUAUGGCUGGGAGGACUCGAACUUCAUCAUCGAUCCGGAACACUCAUUUAUGGCUGCUAGAAUCGGUGUGAAGGAGCCAUUGUGGAGAGUUACAUAUACCGAAGUCAAUGGCCUCACGAAAGAAGAGAUUGAGGCUCGCCAGGCCGAGAAGUUCGAAAUCAUGUUCCCUGGGCAUCCAACGCCUGGUUCUGGAGAAUACAAAGUUGUCUUGACUAGCCCGUAUAAAAUUCAUCAACGAUGCGCAUCAUCCUUCAGAGUCGGAAGAUAUCUAUUAGCGGCUGAUGCAGCCCAUCUUUGCAAUCCAUUUGGCGGCCUUGGACUUACUGGCGGUAUUGUGGACGUUGGGGGAUUGGCUGACUGUCUGGUUGGUAUUCAUGAAGGGAAGACAAGCGACAAGAUUUUGGAUGAAUACAGUAGAGUUCGAAUCGAGAAAUAUAAAACGAUUAUCGACCCGAUAUCUACAGAAAACUUCAAGAGGCUAUGGGGCCAGGAUCCGGACAAGGUUUUAGAGAACGACGAGUUCAUAAAACUCCUGAAGGCUAACGAAGGUAAUGCUGAGCUCUCGCGCAAAAUGCAAUUAGGGUCUUUGGGUAUUCUUCACGAUUUCACGGCUUCUUUCGAUAAUAAUAAGCCUGCCAUAUCGCUGCCAGAAAAGGUUGAUAUUUCUGCUGUUACUGUAACUCCUCUUGUCACUUGA